AUGGCGCCAGUUGUCAUCCUAGUCUCCAGACCUGGCGACUUCACGGCCACCACUGUCAUUUGGCUCGAAGCAACAUUUCACGAGUACAGACAUGCUUAUACAGCUUCGGAGGUGGUGUCUUUUAAGACAGGACCGGCCAUCUUGAAUUUGGAUCGUCUCGAUACCGCUUACCGCUUUGCGUGGUAUUACUCCGUAAUAACACGAAGUUUCCCAUCGUCCAUAGAAAAUAGUAAGAUGGAAAAGUACGAUCUAAGCUGGUAUUCGAAGGGUCUGAAACGUCAUUUCGAUUCAUCGGCGCAGCUCAUGUUUGCUGCCCUCGUGACCUUCUCCAGAUAUGGCAUCUGUCAAGGGAACGACGACGAGUUCCACGAACUCGUUCGGCUCCGACGCGUAAUAUCGGAAAGCACCGAUCGCCUGAUCAAAAGCUUGAUGAGAUCAACGAGAAGACGCCGGUCCGUCCAACCUUCCCUUGCUGCAGGUCAACCACGACAGAAAUUGUCGGCCCUCGCGUCUAGCCAAGAUGCCCUCGGCGGGAUGAUGAACACCCUCAUCCCUCGGACUUCCUCAUGCCACCCGAACUUCGUCGCACUCGCACUUCACGAGAACGGCGGGUGCCACCAUCUAUCGUCAGCCUUGCACCGCCUGAUCCCUGUGUCCAAUUACAUUCCUUGCACCCUCGACAACUGGUCCUCGGACAACAUCAUUUUCGGCCGAUGA